AUGCGUCGAAAUCUGGGUGACGACAUACAUUAUGCGAAUCCAAUCAUUCCCUUGACGAGGAAGACAAGCAAGGUAGAUGUGGUACGAGGUUAUUGUCACAGAAUCUGUGCAAGAAGCAAAGUUGAUGAAGUCUCGACGGCAUUAGUACACAGUAUGGGUUCCGAGACAUUGCAUGGAUGUAUGUCGGAGCAUGAGAGGGAGAGAACUGUGAAUGAUUUUGGUCGGGAAAAGUGCAUUGUGCAUGUUGCCGCAGACGUCGCAUUUCGUGGGCUUGAUAUCCCGAAUGGUGAUUUGGAAUUAAGGAGAAGAAAGCAAGCUUUUGUAAGGGAAAAAACCCGACAAGUACUCCUUACAUCGGAGGUGCAUGGGUAUUGUUUCUUUGACGUUAAUAGAUAUUCCUUAUCAAAGGGACUGGAGCAAAUGAGUGUUCCUUGUAAAUCUCUCAGCUACAAAGGGCAUCAACACCUCACAUCCCUUGAAGAAUUGAGAAUCGAAUCUCUCCUUGCCCGCCGCAUGCAAUGGGAUUUGCAAUCAAAUAUUAAUUUGCAUAACAUUAUUU